AUGAGCCAUUCCACUUUCGCUGGGAUGGAUGCCGUCCCGUCACAAUCACAGUCUUUGUCACAGCAACCAGAGGUAAAUCUGAGUGAAGCGUUUGAAAUUGAAGAGAUAGAAGAUGAAGUAGAAAUCAUAUGUAACCCUGCUUAUACAAUCCCUUCAUCAUUCAAAGGCUUAAGAUUCGGAUUACAAAUUAUAGGAUAUCUCAAGUCUAGACCAUUACAUAGACGGAUUCUUGAAUUAAGAUCUGGUGUUUCAUUGAAUCCAUCAUUCAUCAAAAAACAAAAAAGAAUCGAAUUCAUCAAACGUAAAUUAAGUAGAAACCGAUCUAAAGUUGUUACUUCAACUUCAACUCAAACACAAUCUUUAAAUCAUGAUGAGAAUCUUCGAAAACAAAAGACAAAACAGAAAACCAACAAAUAUCAUCGAAAGUCAAAUUCAAAUUGGCUUAGUACAAAUUCAAUUUCAACUCAAGCUUUUUCGCAACUUGAUGAUCAUAGUCAAAGAGAGAAGAGGGAUUUGAACUGUGAUAGUUUAAUUGAACGGGAUACUGGACCUUCUUCACCUUUAUCGAUGGCUAACCUUGAAGCCUUUACCUCAAUGAAUAACCCACAUUCUAUACCUCAAAAAUGCCUUAGUAACCAGUUUAGAGGUUCAAAUCCGAAUUAUCUGCUGGGUUUAAAGCCUCCUGUAUCUUUCAAGACUCUCGAGAUGCCUUCGCCAGCUAAUUCAAUUGUCGAAAGGUCUUACCAAAGUAAUCAAAGUCUUUUUGGAACACCUUUAUUGGAUUCAUCUAAUUCUGGAGAUCAUCUUUAUGGUAAAACAAGUCAAGGUUUGAAGAGGAAAAUCGAGAUUGAUUCGAAUGACCAAUCAUCAUUUAAAAGGCAACUAGUUAUAGAAGUAACUCAUUAUAAGCUCAAGUUAUAUAACUUGGAGACCGUUUGCCGAGCUUGA